GUUUCAAGUUCGAGUUUUAUGAAUGGAGAAGCCAACGUUGAACUGCUCCCCGAAUGGGGUCCGACUCGGCUCGAGGAAUACCCUAGAUUCCAAAAAAAAAAAAAAAAAAAAAUGAAACCGGCUUUGAAAUUACGCGGAAGCAGUUUGGGAUCCCUGCCCGCAGUUCGGACAUUUUUGGGGUUUUCAACGUUCUUCUUCGUUGUUCCAGUCUUCCAGAGAUGAGAGAAGAGAGUUUGGCUCCGAAAUUGGAGGAUGCAAAGAAGUAUCUGGAGGUGACGCAGGACGAGUUAGAGGCCGUGUCGCGACUCGUUUUUCCAAGCGACAGACUCAUAUACGAUAAUUUCGUUGAGUCAGGCAUCCGAGUUGACCGAGUCCAACCCGGAUUCGUCGUCUGCACUUUCAAAGUCCCUCCCCGCCUCACCGUGAGUCUUCCCACCGCUCACCCACUUUUCCUCGAUAGAGCUGGAAAUCUGGCGAAUGGUGCAAUUGCAACCCUUGUUGAUGUAGUUGGUGCCUCUACUGUUUUUGUUCCACAUAUCCCUAUGACCGUUUCAGUGGACAUGUCCAUCUCGUACAUGGCAAAGGCGAAGCUUAAUGAUGAGCUAGAGAUCACCUCAAAACGGUUAGGACAAAGAGGACGUUACUAUGGAACCUAUGUACUUCUACGAAACAAAGCAUCUGGGGAGAUUAUUGCUGAAGGUCGACAUUCGUUGUUUCGUCCAUCUUCUACCAGCAAACUCUGAGUCCUUUCCACAUAUACAAGUAUAAACGGUGCAGGAACACCCCCCCCCCCCCCCCAAAAAAAAAAAAAAUCCCGGCCUUCCGGCUUUCUGUUGCUGCUACCCCUCUUCUUUCUAUUCUCUAGCCCAUUACCCACGCCCUCAAGUCCUCCUCCUUCCCCCUCCGCCCUUUUCCCUCUUGCCGCAACCCAACCCGACACCCACACCCUCAAGGUCCUCCCCCUUCCCCUGUCAAGCUUUCCCUCCUCUGGUUUUCUCCUGCGGUGCUUUAUUUAUGUUUUCCUUUUGGCUUUCUUUGAGCUUUGUCUCAAUUUUCUUGAGCUUUGUCUCCAUUCCCUGAGCUUGUCUCAGAUCGGAACCUUUAGACACCUCUCUUGCUCCGAUGCUUCCUUCCGUCGUGUGUCCACAACUACCAACCACUGCUACCCGGCCCCGGGUGCUUUUCCUCGGUGACGCGAUUGGGUUUUGGGUGGCUGCUAAAGUGCUUUUUGCACUAUUUGGUAGGAUUAUGAGAUCGCUCACUGCACUGGUGGCUCGCUCACCCCCAUGUUCCGUUGAUCCUGUUGCUCUGUUUGGUUCGUUUUUUUUUUUUGUGGUGAUGGUCUUCCGAUGGUGGCGCUUCAGAUUUGGUGGUAGCUGCUGGUUUCCUUUUUAAUUUUAGGGGUGUAUUCGAUUGGGAAUUUGAGAGAUUUUAAUGGAUUUAUAAAUCCACGAAUUUUUAUGGAGUUUAACUGAUUUGUAGAGA